AUGUACCCGAGCUUGGCGCUGGCCGCCAGCCCCGGCCAGGCCACCUACGACUCGGGCGCCUUCCUGCAUGCCCCGGGCGUCAGCUCCCCAAUGUUCGUGCCGCCGGCGCGCGUCGCUCCGGUGCUGCCCUACCUGCCGAGCUGUGAGCCGGGUCCGCAUUCCCCCGCGCACCCGGGCUGGGCGCAGGCAGCCGUCGCCGACACAGCCUUUGGCCCCGGUAGCCCACACCCCCCGGCCUCGCAGCCUGGGACCACCGCCUUCCCUUUCGCUCACAGCCCCCCGGGGCCUGGCGGCGGGGGCAGUGCGGAGGGCCGGGAUGGCGGCGCCUACUCUGGCGCGCUGCUGGCCCGUGAGCAGUACACGGCACCACUCGGGCGGCCAGUGCGCAGCCCGUACCCUGCCGGCUACCCAGCCUUCGUGAGCGCCGACGUGGCACAGUCCUGGACCGCUGGGCCCUUUGAUGGCAGCGUCCUGCAUGGCCGCAGGGCCACUUUUGUGUCCGAAUUCUUGGAGGAGUUCCCGGGCGAAGGCCGUGAGUGCGUCAACUGUGGGGCCCUGUCCACGCCACUGUGGCGCCGAGACGGCACCGGCCACUACCUGUGCAAUGCCUGUGGCCUCUACCACAAAGUGAAUGGCGUCAACCGGCCGCUAGUGAGGCCCCAGAAGCGCCUGUCCUCGUCCCGCCGCGCCGGCCUCUGCUGCACCAACUGCCACACGACCAACACCACGCUUUGGCGGCGGAACACAGAGGGGGAGCCCGUGUGCAAUGCCUGUGGCCUCUACAUGAAGCUGCACGGGGUGCCACGGCCUCUAGCCAUGAAGAAGGAGAGUAUCCAAACACGGAAGCGGAAGCCCAAGUGUGCCACCAAGGCCAAGGGCCCCUCAGGACCCACAGCGAGCUCUGCAGCCACCUCGUGCACCCUCCCCAGUGCCGAGGGCUCGGUGGCUGCUUCAAAACCUGAGCCUGGCCUGGCCUCCCCAAUGUGCUCCAGACCCAGUGUGGCCGCCCAGCCCCUUGGCCAGGCUGACGACUCCCUCGCCCCCAGCCACCUGGAGUUCAAGUUUGAGCCUGAGGACUUCGCCUUCCCCUCCACAACCCUGGGCCCUCAGGCCGGCCUGGGGGGGCGCCUGCACCAGGAGGCCUGGUGUGCACUGGCCUUGGCCUAG